AUGGGACGUGAGGAGCAAGGAAGGACUUGGUGCAUGGACGCAGCUCAACUGGAUACGCAAAGGAAGAAGGAGGAAGUCAUCUUGAAGACCAGCUCGACCACCUACUCGACCAUCCGGUCGAGUUCCUCAACUCGACCGGCCAAGCUUCAACUCGAUCGAGCUGAGAAGUGUAUGCGAACUCGAUCGAGUCGAACAACAGAAGACUUGGUCGAGCUAGAUUUCACCACGGGUAGAAAGAGAGUCAGAGGAACUCAGAGGGUACAAGAGGAACCUGAGGUGCUUGUUACUGAUACCAUGGAUGUACCAGAGGGGAAUGGAAACCCUUUGGGCAAUGGACUCGGUCGAGCUAGGCAAACUCGACCGAUUGGUCUAGGAGAUGCUCCAAACCGCCAUCAAAGAGACAAGGGAUUGUUCCACCACCUGCAGAACCACAACUUUGAGAUCAAGCUGGGAAUGAUCAACCUUGUGCAGAACAAGAUGUUCCAUGGAUUGCCAAGUGAAGACCCCAUUGAUCACCUUGAUGAGUUUGAUAGGCUUGUGAUUUGA